CUGCACUGUGUCCGCAGUCUCUGGUCAUCUCCUGUACUGUGUCCGCAGUCUCUGGCCCAUCUCCUGUACUGUGUCCGCAGUCUCUGGCCCAUCUCCUGUACUGUGUCCGCAGUCUCUGGUCAUCUCCUGUACUGUGUCCGCAGUCUCUGGUCAUCUCCUGUACUGUGUCCGCAGUCUCUGGUCAUAUCCUGUACUGUGUCCGCAGUCUCUGGUCAUAUCCUCCUGUGCGUCUUAUGG